UCAGGCUUCAGCUCAAAUCAGUUUGACUUAGUUUCUGAUCUGGUUUGAAUCCGGAUCACAGGAUGUGGCUCUGAUCUGAUCCACUUAGCUUCUGAUUCAUUUUCUCUGGAGCUCAAACUUUUGUCGGGAGACACCGUGGAGGACAUGCCGGGGACUGUGGCUCUCAUCAGCGUCUUCGCGCUCCUCUCGGCCGGGUUGCGGAGCUCCGUGUUCGGCGUGGGGAUGCUGGGCUCCGUGGCCACGGAGGAGAGCUCGAACGCCGGGGUGAGCAGCACGGCGGUGGCCGGGGCGUGGAGCUCCGGGGACGGGGACAGAGCAGCGGGGCGAGCUGGCUGCCCUGGCCGCUGUCGGUGCGAGGUGGACGGGCUGCUUCAGCGGGUGGACUGCUCGGACCUGGGGCUCCGGGAGAUACCGAGCAACCUGAGCGUGUUCACCUCCUUCCUCGAUCUGAGUAUGAAUAAUCUGACUGUGUUGUCCAGCGGAGGUUUGUCCAGCCUGCACUUCCUGGAGGAGCUGCGUUUGGCGGGAAACGACCUGGCGUCCAUCCCCAGAGGAGCGUUCUCUGGCCUCUACAACCUCAAAGUUCUGAUGCUUCAAAACAACCAACUGACGUCUGUUCCUGCCGAGGCCUUCAACAACCUGCACAACCUACAGUCACUACGUCUCGACGCCAACCACAUCUCCCUGGUUCCUGCCGGCUGCUUCGCGGGGCUGCGCUCGCUCCGUCACCUGUGGCUGGACGACAACUCCCUGAGCGAGGUGCCGGCGGCGGCUCUGAGCGAGCUGCCCGCCCUGCAGGCCAUGACCCUCGCCCUCAACCUCAUCAGCCACGUCCCCGACCACGCCUUCACCCAGCUGGGCCGCCUGGUGGUGCUGCAUCUCAACAACAAUAGGAUCGUUUCCAUGGGAGUGAACUGCUUCCACGGACUCCACAGUUUGGAGACGCUGGAUUUGAACUACAACAGCCUGGUGGAGUUUCCCUCGGCCGUCCGCUCGCUCGGCCACCUCAAGGAGCUCGGUUUCCACAGCAACAACAUCCAGUCCAUCCCAGAGCACGCCUUCACAGGAAACCCAUCACUGAUCACCAUAUUCUUCUACGACAAUCCGAUCCAGUCUGUUGGAAGCUCCGCCUUCCAGAACCUUCCAGAGCUGCGUACACUUUCUCUGAACGGAGCCGCGGAUCUCACUGAGUUUCCAGAUCUGACAGGAACCAAAAGUCUGGAGAGCCUGACCAUCACAGGGGCUCGGAUCAUCUCUUUGCCUUCUUCAGUGUGUGAGCAGCUUCCAAACCUGCAGCUGCUGGAUCUCUCCUACAACCACCUCCGCUCUCUGCCCAGCUUCUCCUCCUGUGAGAACAUUCAGAAGAUUGAUUUGCACCAUAACGACAUCGAGGAGCUGCAGGAGAACAACUUCCAUGGUCUGAUGUCCCUGAGCUCUCUUGAUUUGUCGUGGAACAGGUUGUCGUCAGUGAAGCCGAACUCGUUCUCUGCUCUACCGGCUCUGACCAAACUUGACCUGUCGGCCAAUCAGCUGUCCUCCCUGACUCUGAUUGGCCUGCAGAGUUUAACUCACCUGCGAUUGGCUGGAAACGAUCAGCUGAUGGAGCUGAUACCUCGAGAGGAUCUGCCUCGAGUCAGGGUGAUGGAGCUUCCUUACGCCUUCCAGUGCUGUGCCUUCACCUCCUGUGAGAGAGAGGAGGUGGUGGACUUAAGAGACAGCUCCGUCCUCUCCAGUCAAGCCGAUCAGGACUGGGAGGAUUUUCUCAUCGAGUCUGACGAGGAUCCAAAACCUCAGCACUUGGUCCAAUGCAGCCCUGCACCAGGUCCGUUCCGUCCCUGCCUCCAUCUGCUCGGCAGCUGGUUGAUCCGUGGGGGGGUGUGGCUCAUCGCAGCGCUCUCAUUGGUCAGCAACAGCCUCGUCGUGCUGUCCAUCUUCUUCUCGACCGCCACGUUGGUCCCGCCUCCCAAGCUGCUGAUUGGCCUCUUGGCCCUGGUGAAUGGCCUGAUGGGGGUGUGGGGCGGCUGGUUGGCCGCGGUGGACACGUGGACGUUCGGCAGCUUCUGGAGGUAUGGAGCCAAGUGGGAGAGCAGCUUCCUGUGUCGACUCAGCGGCUUCCUGUGUGUGUUUGCUUCUCAGACGAGUCUCUUCCUGCUCACGGUCGCAGCUCUGGAGCGUUGCGUGGCCGCCGGCGCACAAAGACACAAAACCGAUGACGGCAGCAGUCGCUCCUCGUCUCCGUUCUCCGUGCGUCUCUCUGUCUUCCUGUGUUUCCUGUUGGGCUUGGCCGUCACGCUGCCCCCCCUGGUGGCCGGACACAGUAGCACCUCCCUCUGUUUGCCGCUGCCUUUCUCCUCCUCCUCCUCCUCCUCCUCCUCUUCCCUGGCCCUGUCCGUCUCCCUGGUGCUCCUCGACUCGUUGUGUUUCCUCGUCAUGACGCUCGCCUACACUCACCUCUACUGUCGGGCCAACAAAGCUCCGCCCACCUCGGAGGAAGAGGCGGCGCUGACCCGACACGUGGCCUGGCUGCUCUUCUCCGACUGCCUCCUCUACCUCCCUGUGGCCUUCCUCUCCUUCUCCUCUCUGCUGCACCUCCCCGCCGCCGGGCCCGACGUGGCGAAGGGCGUUCUGCUGCUGGUGGCGCCGCUGCCGGCCUGCGUCAACCCGCUGCUCUACCUCCUGUUCAACCCCAUCGCCAGGGAGGAGCUCAGGGCGCUGGCCAAACGCAUCUGCAGAGCAAGGCAUCAGCGAGGAGGAGGAGGAGGAGGAGGAGGAGGAGGAGGAGGAGGAGGAGGAGGAGGAGGAGGAGGAGGAGGAGGAGGAGGACGAAGGUCGACGACUGUAACAAUGGAUUCAACGUGUGACGAGGACGCAGAGAAACAGUCAUGUGACUCGACUCAGGCGCUGGUGGCGCUCGGAGGCCCGAAGGAGGACGAGGAGGGGGGGAGAGGGAGGAUGAAGAGCGAGACACAACGUUCUGUGGCGUUUGUUGUUCAACGUCACUAGACUCUCACACACACAAACAGACACAAACACACACACACACACACACACUGACUGUGGCAGCACAUGUAGCAGGACGAGGACGAGUGAAAGAAAAAAACAAACGUUUCCUGUAACGUCAAACUAAGAUGAUCAAAAACUAAAAGAGCUUCAUUAGCUUCUGCUCAUCUCUGAUUGGCCAGUUCUGGAUCCCAUGGGAGAAGACACACACACACACACACACACACACACACACACCCUGACUUUACAGCAUUGUGUCACCAAACAUUCACCAAAUGUUUAAGCAAAUGCUGUUUACAACGUGUGUGUGUGUGUGUGUUUGUGUGUGUGUGUGUUUGUGUGUGUGUCCGUGUGUGUGUGUGUUUGUGUGUGUGUCUGUGUGUGUGCAGCUGAGAUGUUUUUGCGAGUGUGUGUCAGAGCUGCAGCGUCGGUGCGACUUCUGACACGGAGUUGAAACUGAAAACAGGAACCUGAAGCUCAUGUUCAGAAAAAACAACGGAUCCUUUUCAAAUUAUCACUUUUAUUUAUUUCAUCGACGAAUGAAGUAAAAACAUCUUCAAAGUUUGUAAACAGCCGAAAUGAAAUGAAACUAAAAUGAUAUGAUUUAGGGAUCAAACUUUUGUUUUCAGCCGGUUUUGACGUGUCGAUGAUUCAUGUUGUAAACGACUGUGACAAUCUGAGGCUCUGUCUCAUGUUGACGACGAAGGUUCUCAACCUCUUCUUCAAAUGUGUUGUUUUCAUUAAUAACUGUAAAAAGAUUUCACUGAACUUCCUGAAAUUGUUGCAUGAACGUUGUCAUCAUCCGCAUUCCGUCAAAGUGUCGACUCGAUGUGAGGAAACAGACGUUGACCUGAAGAAGCUCUCAGAGACAUCUCAUGUUUGAAAAAAGAAACUUGUGAAUUUAUAUUUGUAUAAACACAUAAAUUAUG